UUUUUAUGUUGGGAGUUGCACUUAUGCAACAGCAGGAGGCACAAAGGCCUCACCUCCUGCUGCUGCCACCGCCAGCCAGGAUCCUGCCGCUGAUCAUGUUACCGCCGCUGAGGCUGAUCAUGAUGUUGCCGCUGCCGACCAUGUUGUCGCCACAGCUUGGAAGUAUCCCUACAUUUCUUCUGCAUAAACACUAAUGUAUAGUAAUCAGGUCUUGACUACGGAUUAGACUCCAGAUGGAGAAAAAGGGACUUCGAAGCAGGUAAUCCAGCAAUAUAUUAGUUAACCAUAAUCUGGGCAGGCUGAACCCUUCCCUCCCCUCCGUCCCCUCCAUUCAUCUGCGCCAGGUUUUCCCCAUCACCCAUGCCACUUGUUCAGCAUCUUCGCUCUUCUGUCUCCCAGAGCAGACUUUGCCUGUGCCGUUGUGUACAGGAUAAAGAACCGAUGCUCUGUGCAUAUGGAGGCGGUAUGGUCCUGAGCAUCCUGCCUCUGAAUGGAGUGAUGUGGACGGAACCGUAGAGCAGAGUCGGACGAUGGAACAGCCACGGGUAUCAUGGACUCACGUUCUCUAUCUAGUCGUCCUCAUGUAUCUCCAAGUCACACGUACUAUCGGCUCCAGGAACACAACAAACUGUUCUUCUCCUCUGUGCAGGGACAACUUAUCGUGCUCAUCUCCUACAGGCUGCGGGAGCUUAUCGGAUCCAUGUCUCUCAGAUCCUUGCCCACGGAAUGCCACGUGCCAGGUUACCCUCGAUACAGAGACCUACGAGUGCCGCUGCCCAGCAGGAUUCAAGGGGAGAUCUUGUGAAAUCCCAAUGAAACAGUGCUUCAGAAAUCUGUGUAGACAUGGAGGACAGUGUUAUGUCACUGAGCGAGGGUCCACCUGCGCUUGUGCUGUAGGCUACAAGGGGACAUUCUGUGAGACUCCAGAAGAUGAGUGCCUUUGGAAUCCAUGCCAUAAUGGAGCCGUGUGUAGAGAAAGGGGGAAUGGACAAGCGUGUUACUGCGUUCCUGGAUUUCAAGGGGCUCUAUGUGACAUUGAAGUCAAUGAAUGUAUCUCCCAGCCGUGCCAACAUGGCGGCACAUGCCUGAACCAAAUUGGACGUUAUAGCUGUGUUUGUCCGCCUGAGUAUACAGGCAGGGACUGUGAGCUGGAGUAUAAUGCGUGCACUUCGCAGCCUUGUGUGAAUGGAGCCACUUGCCUGGACAAUGCGGGAUCUUUCUCCUGUCAUUGUGCCGCAGGAUUCUCCGGGGACCUUUGUGAUGUGAACAUUAAUGAGUGUGCGAGCUCUCCGUGCCUUAAUGGUGGACACUGUGUGGAUGAGAUUGCUGGCUAUAUCUGUGACUGCAGUAUGGUGGGAUAUACGGGGGUGAACUGUGAGGCUCCUGCACCUCUGUGCUCAUCGCAGCCGUGUCAGAAUAUCGCCACCUGCCUGGAGGAUUCUGGGAGCUUCCAGUGUCUCUGCUGGCCAGGGUACACGGGUCCUCUAUGUGAGAGCUACAUCCCUAUGUGCAAGAGCCAGCCUUGUAUGCAUGGUGCAGAAUGCCAGGACCUCACAUGGUUCAACAUGUCUCAAGGACAAGUCAACGAGCAAGACAAAUCCAAAGGAUACAUCUGUAAAUGCCGAAAUGGAUUCCUUGGUGUCCAUUGUGAGCAAGACAUCAAUGAGUGCGAGUCGAAUCCCUGCCGGAACGGAGGCACAUGUGUGAACCUUCUCGGCGGGUAUAUUUGUCGCUGUCCCACGUACAUGCUGGAAGGACGUUACUAUGGAGGGCCGGACUGUACACAGGUGCUUAUGGGCUGUGAGGAACAUAUAUGCCAAAACGGUGGCACCUGCAUACCUUCUAUGAUAGACAAUGAACACCCCCAUACCUGCUUGUGUGCACUGGGAUUUACUGGACCUUAUUGUGAGACACAGACCACGCUCUCGUUUAAUGGUAGAACUAUUCUUACUCUUACGUUACCGUCACGUAGCGGGGAACCUUUCAAUGUUUCUGUAUCGUUCCAGACUGUUCAGACAUCUGCUUCUAUAUUACACCUGCGAGGCCGAGAAACAGCCUUGAGACUCUAUCUUCAGAACGGCUCCUUAUUCUUAUCCUUACACCGGGAUAGUCAUUUGGACUCUCUAUUACAUUUGCCUUACAAUGUCAGUGAUGAUCUUUGGCAUACAGUCGAAAUAAUCUCCCAAGAUGAUCUCUGUCUUAAAUUGCUUGACCCUUCGUGCGGAAUGACAUGUGUGAACCAGUCCGGCCUGAGAGAUGCUUCGACUAUUGAGUUCCAGGAAAUGUUUUUUGGAGGUGAACCCUCAGCACCGGGGAAGCAAGAAACCGGAAUUACUGAUAAAGUAAUUCGGACGCAGUUCGUAGGCUGCCUACGUGAUAUUAAAGUGGGCUCCAUCAUUGUUACAGAGGAAGAUGGGAAAUUGACAAAUAUUGGAGUUGGCUGCAAAAGGUGUGACCAUUGUGAGAGUCACCCAUGUGGACACAGAGGUGAAUGCAUCAAUCUAUGGCUGAGCUAUUACUGUGACUGCCAUCGGCCAUAUAGAGGAGACAACUGCUCUGCAGAAUAUGAAGCUGCCGGAUUUGGUUAUGGGAAUGCAUCAUCCUAUGCUGUUCUCCAAACAAGAAUUGGACACAACGAUGACGCAACUAUGUCUGCAUUUGUCAGAACAAAGCAUGAUAUGGGGGUUUUGUUUGCUAUUGGAGACUCUGUUCACUAUGAAAUUAUAGUUUUCCUGGAAUCUGGGAAAUUGACAGCAAGAACUGGAAAUGGUGUUCAGGUUACAGGAAAACAUAGUAUCAGUGAUGGUCAAGAUCAUCUGCUGAACGUGAAACUGACAGAGAACAAGCUGGAUGUGUGGACCUCAUCACAACCACUGGAUUCUAUAUCUAUACAGAUCAAUAGAGAACGGGAUUUACGUUUUCUUUACAUUGGAGGACUGGACGAUCAAUUGGAGACCAUUAAGUGGGGAGGGCAUUUUAAAGGUUGUAUCCAAGAUCUGAGGAUCAAUGGCGCACCACAAGAAUUCUUCACUGGUUCCGAAAAUUCAGGAAAUGUCAUUUUAGUCAAUUUAACAAGAGGCUGCCUAAAUGAUACCAGCUGCAAGCCCGGCCUUUGCCAGAAUGGAAGUGCUUGUACAGAUGGCAAUGAUUGCUCGUGUUCUUCAAAUACACAAGGAAAGACAUGUGAAGACCUAAAGUGGUGCCAGCUCACUCAAUGUCCUUCUGGAUCUGUCUGCCAGCCUGUGCCUGGAGGAUAUGAAUGUAUUUCCAAUGCAUUAUUCCAUGGUAAUGGACAAGCUGUCAGUUUUAGAAGCAACGGGAAAAUAAUGAGGGACCUCACCAACCUAACCAUUGGCUUCCGCACCGUAGACUCUGAAUCUGUGCUCCUCCACGCCCAACGAGAACCUGAAAUCAUCAGGGUUAACAUCCGGGACACCUUUCUACAUUUUCACCUGCAGAGCAGCAAUGGCCUUGAUGCUGUGAGUCUCUUAAGCAAGGAAUCUGUGAGUGACAGCCGGUGGCACACAGUCACCUUGUCCAUGACGGCUCCUGGAUCCCAGUCCUCAACAUGGCAAAUGGAAAUAGAUGGAAAGCCGGAGAAAACGAUCAGCUCUCUCACAACGGGAAACCUGAACUUUCUCAAGGAAGGCACAGAGAUUUACUUGGGUGUAGACAAGGAUGGAAUGAAGAGUAACUUUACUGGAUGUCUCGGCACGGUGCUCAUUGAAGGAAUACACUUACCAUACUUUGCCGAUAGUGAUUAUUUAAUGGUUAAACCACAAGCAGAGCAAUUCGUGAAGACCUCUCCUGAGAUUGUUGACAUCAGAUGCCUAGCAUCUGACCCCUGUGCCUCUAACCCAUGUAUGUUUGGAGGCAGCUGCCGUGAUGUGUUCACCCACCCAGUCUGUACUUGUCCUGAAGGGCGAAGUGGAGAUGUCUGCGAAACUAAAACCACAGAGUGCCUGCCGAACCCUUGUGCACAUGGUAACUGUACUAUUGAAGCUGAUGGUUACAAAUGUGAGUGCGAGGCUGGUUACACAGGACCCAACUGUGACUACAUCAGCUGUAAUGGUCAUCUUUGCGCUAAAGGUGCCACCUGCACUGGGGGAGCCAAUGGAUUCUAUUGCCUCUGCCCUCCUAAUGUCACAGGGCAGCACUGCAGUUUGUCCUCAUCAUCUGAGAAAUCAUCUAUGAGUUGGGUAAGAAUAUUUAAUGUAAUGCCUUCCAUUUUCUGCGGAGAUGAAAAGAAAAACAUAACCUGUUAUAACUACAGCAACUGCACUGAGGUACAAGGAGUGCUAGGAUGUUCUUGCAAACCUGGAUUUACGGGAGAGAGGUGUGAGAUUGACAUUGACGAGUGUGAAUCCAACCCCUGUCUGAACGGAGGCAUCUGCCAGAACCUGCCCAAUCGCUUCCAUUGCAUUUGUGAUAUGAACUUUGCCGGAGACAACUGCGAGAUUGAUCUCUCCGACUUUCUGCCCCCAGGAGUAUUUACCGCUGUGGCCUCCGCCGUCCUGGCGUUGUUUUUCGCCGUCUGCGCAGGCCUUUGCAUCUUCAUCGCAAUUGCCAGCAUGAGGUCAAGUCAGGGAACCUACAGCCCAAGCAGACAGGAGAAAGAAGGAUCCCGGGUAGAGAUGUGGAACAUUGUUCAGCCGCCCCCUCUGGAGAGACUCAUUUAAGACAAAAUGUACUUCCGCAUCCAGCUUCAAGGACGUCAAACAUCUCAGGAAUCACCUACGUUUCAUUUUAGGAGUCAUGUGCCUAAAAAAAACUAAAAACUAAGAAAAUGUGGACCAUGAGAAUUAAAAAUGCAUUGUCCAAGUUAAAAAAAUGUUUUAGGGGGAAAAUGGCCAUAGCGCAAUAAAAAAAAAAUUGGGGUGGGGGGUCAACCAAUUUGAUGGUGCGGUCAUUGAGCUGUGGUUGGUAGGAUAGUAUUUUCUUAGAGCAGUGAUUUCCAACCAGUGUGCCUCCAGCUGUUGCAAAACUACAUCUCCCAGCAUGCUUGGAGUUGUAGUUUUGCAACAGCUGGAGGCGCCCUGGUUGGGGAACACUGAUAUAGAGGAAAGGACAGCUGACCUGCAUCAAGCAUCAUGAAUGAGAUGUACAUUACUAAAGAACAUAGAUCAUAGAACCAGAAUGACCAUUAUAAUAGAUGGGGGAGAGCUUGUACCAAGCUGUGGUGACAUACAGAGAAGUUGAGCUUAUAUUAUAGUUUAAAGAACCUCCAGUUGAAAACAUAAAAAAAAAAAAAACUGGUGCCAGAAAAUUAAACAGAUUUGUAAAUUACUUCUUUUUAAAAAUCUUAAUCCUUCCAGUACUUAUCAGCUGCUGUAUGCGCCAGAAGGAGUUGUGUUGCUCUUUUCUGUCUGACUACAGUGCUCUCUGCUGACACCUCUGUCCAUGUCAGUAACUGUCCAGAGCAGGAGAGGUUUGCUAUGGGGAUUUGCUCCUCUGGAGCAUAAAGCAGCUGAUAAGUACUGGAAAGAUUAAGAUUUUUUAAUAGACAUCUUUUACAAAUCUGUAUAACUUUCUGGCACCAGUUGAUUUGAAAAAAAAAAUUUGUUUUUCACCGGAGUACUCCUUUAAAAGGAGAGGCAACAAAACUAAACUCAGUGCCUCAUAUAUAAAGUGAUAAUUUUGGUGCCUUUAAUGCAAAAGAAAUAAUAAAAAAUCAGAUACUGACUUGUAUGAUGGACAAGGAUGUCUGGAGAGUAGUGUCCCUAAUAUGCACGAAUAGCACUUCCACCUGGUGCCAUAAUUGCAAUAGCCGAAAAAGGGAAACUGAUCCUAAAUAAAGUCCUAAAUAAACUGAUUUAUUUAGGACUUUCUAACAUUGUGUAUCCCACUAAAACAAACGCGUUUCUGGCACCUACACUGCAUCCUUAAUCAUGACUAUCUGUGGAUUGGUAUGAAUUAGGAAUAAACAAUAAAUAUAUUAUUUAUAUAUUAAAUAAUACAUUUUUUACUUUUUUCACUUUUGUCUGAUUAUUUUGCACUAUUUUGUACUACUGUCCUAUUCUGUACAAUUUAUGCAUAACUUGUAUCUAGUUGCAUUUCAUUUCUCUCUUUAUCUGUGGAUUGGGUAUGGAUUUUUCCCCCCAAAAUGGUUCUAAUACAUAUUUACACAGUCAGCGUUUCCUUCGAUUUGGGGCAUUUUCACUUUAAGUAAUGCGUGCCCCAGGAAGUAGUUCACGCUUUAGUUUUAAGAGUAGAGAACUUUAGUUACACCUAUCCAGUGAUGGGUCAUGAUGAAGGGUGCAGUUUCAGCACCAGAAACACGUUGGUUUUGGUGGGGUACACAAUGUCCACCGGAUGUCUGGGGUGCUGCAGCCAAGAUCGUGGGGGACCCAGGCCCCUGCAAUCAUACAUUUUAUCCCCUAUCUUUUGGAUAGGGGAUAAGUUGUCUAGGGGCGGAGUACCCCUUUAAGGCAAGUUUCCCACAUAACACGUGCACUUCAUCAAAUUACAGCUGCCAGUCCCGGGCCAGCCUCUGGGUCUUAUGUUCCGAACUGGCAGCACUGUAGAUCUAUAUGGUGCCUCCAGUUGGAGGUUAUCAGACCCGCGUUCGGGCCGGGACUUGUGGGAGUAAUAUAGACCUCUCCUGCUCUCCUACUGUGUUGAUCCAGAAGAAGGCAACCCCCUCCACAUGAAGCUGAUGCCAAUUGCCCCAUAAUGGAGGAAAAAUGUUAUGUUGUGUAUUUACUGUUGAAGCAGAUGUCAUCCUAUAACUUAGAAGAGUCCAUGGAAAACACUAUAAAUGCCAAAGAAAGAACAAUACAAUAUCCCACGGAGACGCUGAACAAAUAUAUGUAUACUGAUAGCACUCAUGUAGUGAUCACUGCCGUCUGUUCCUAUAUGUGCCAUUAUAUGCCAUGUAACCAUUGUUCUGUCAUAUGUGUGAAGAUACUUGAUAGUGGAAUAAAGACAUUU